AUGGUUAGUCUUGAAAGGAGGAGGUGGGUGAGCGACCUAUGCACUUUGCAUAAAAUAGCAAAUGGCUCAUCUGACACCUGCCUUUUGGAGAGGCUGGAGAUCAAGGUGCCGACGCGUUCUGUGCGCAUCCAGGAAUUAUUUGUUAUACCUAUGACUGAUAACAAUGUUUCCCAGAAUGCUCCGCUCAUCCUGUCCGGACACGGAUGUUUCGGUAGUUAUCUGCACAGAGUAGUAGGGUGUGAAGAGGCACCAACCUGCCACCACUGUGUCGGAGACAGCCCGGAUGACGCCCAGCAUACGCUGAGAGACUGCCCAGCAUGGGACGUGGAAAGGGGACCGUUGCUGGAUGCACUCCAGGGCGAGGACGCAACACUUCCAAAUGUAUUGAAGGUUUUAGUGAGCGCGAGAAAUGACGGCCCGUGGAAAAUAUUUUAUAAUUUCUGCGAGGCGGUCAUGAAAAUAAAAGAAGAGGCGGAAAGGACCAGGGAGCUUUGUCCCGAUGCCCAUCCGCGACGGCGAAGAAAACCGCAGGCCCGUCGCAUAAACGCGCGACGCGCUCACCAAAUUCUCGCCGCCUAA